UCUUAACCCUAAUUAAUGUAUUUUUCUUAACCCUAAUUAAUGUAAGAAAAGAAAAAUCCCUCUCUCUCACUCCUGUGCGUAGCUGCUGCCCAACCGAUCACGCUCUGUCUCUCACCUGCACCUCUCUCUCUCUCUCUCUCUCUCUCUCUCUCUCUUUCUCUCUCCCUCUCGCGUGUACGCGCGUGCUAUCUCUCUCGUUCUCGCACGCACGAACCCGCGGUGGCCUCUCGAUCCCUUGUCCUCCGCCGUCGCCAUCGCCGUUCUUCUCGAUCGUCGUCGACGGUGUUUGGUUCGUCGUCGGCGGCGUUUGGUUCGUCGUCGGUGGCACCUCGAUCGCCGUCGUUUCUCCAUCGUUUUCGAAAGGUUCCGAUGAUUAUAUUGAUACUUGGCUUUUGACUGAAUGAUACUUGGAUUAUUUGAAGGUAUUGAGUCCAAUUAGUUUGUGGGGGAUGGGAUCGAGUGAUCGCUAAACGGAGAGAAUGUUAUUUAUUUGUGGACUUUGGUUAAUAAAUUUCGGCUGAAAAUUAAGAGAGUAUAACUGAAUUAUUGGAUGAUGGCUGCUGCUGAGGAGCAAAAUAAGCCUUUAUUAGAAACUAGCGCUGCAGGUGGUCCUACUACGACUGCUACCACCGGCGUCGCUGCUGCCGCUGUUGCUGCCAGCACUACUGCAGCAGCUCCUCCAUUGAUGGCAUAUGGAGCUUCUUCGGAGUGGGCAACCUCGCUGCAAGCAUACUACAAUAGUGGAGGGGCUGCAUCAGCUGUCUCAGCGCAUGCUUUCUUUCCCCCAGGUGCUUCUCACCAUUCCUAUGCAGUUUGGGCUCCCCAGAUGGUGUCGCCGUACGGCACCCACAUCCCAAUCUCUCCCAUGUAUCAUCCUGGUCCAAUGUAUGCUCACCCUUCGAUGGGUAUGAACAUGCCAUACCCAGCUAGCGAAGUUGAGGUGAGACCAAUUGAGGGGAAAAUCAAGGGAUCUACAAGCAAAGGGAGUUCUGGAAAUGCCAGAGGUUCUCCUGAGAAGUCAGAGGAUGGCAGGAAAGGAACAUCUGCCUCUGCUGACAAUGCUUCAAGGAGUAGCGAAGACGGAAGCGAGGGUUCAUCUGAUACGAGAGAGGACAAUGAUGAGCAAAAGGAAUCGACCGCAACUAAAAAGAGAAAAUAUCGUGGGAUGGCUGUAGAUGGAGAAACUUCUCAAACUGCCACUAUUGCCCAUUGUAAUAAUACUAUUGCUGAGUCAUCUUAUAAUGCGAGGGGAAGAUCUGUCACAAAGCUUCCGGUUUCAGCACCUGGAAGAUCAGCUCUACCUAAUUCUUCCACUAAUUUGAAUAUAGGCAUGGAUAUUUGGAAUACUUCUCAUUCUGCAACUGUUAAUGUCAAACCCAAUGAAGUGACCGCUGCAUCAGCCAUGGUGGGACGAGAUGGUGUCAUGUCUGAACAUCAAUUGGACGAGCGUGAACUUAAGAGGGAAAGACGAAAGCAAUCUAAUAGAGAGUCAGCUAGAAGGUCAAGGCUACGGAAGCAGCAAGAAUGCGAGGAAUUGGCAAGAAGGGUUGCUGAACUCAACAGUGAGAAUAGCGCGCUCAAGGUAGAACUAGAGCAUCUCAAGAAAACUUGCUCAGAACUGGAGGCUGAAAAUUCGCAGAUAAUGCAGGAGGAAAUGGUUCAGUUACAUGAACCUGGUAUCAACAUUGACCCAUCUAGGAUGCUUAGGGUCAGCGACAGCGGUUCCCUUGCUCGUAACAAUUCCAAUAAGAGCAAUGGUAAUUUUUACAAUAGCAGUGGUAAUCAGGAAUCCACUUCUAGAUGAAAUCAGAUCUUCUCUUCUUAUCUAACCAUCCUGCGGGCUCUGACACACUUUUUCUUACGACGAGGGUCUGUAAAGCUGCACUUUCUUAUGCACGCAUUGAUCCGUGUAGGACUUAACAGGUUGUUGCAGAAUAGAUGUAUCUAUAGAUCAAUGUAUCAAUUUUAACACCUAGAGCUUGGUCACUAUUUUUAUUUUUUCGUAACUUUUUCUACUUUGAUAUUUAAGGCAAGUUUACUAACUGCGAUGAGGGCAAAGCUGCGACAGCCCAUUUGGUGUUCUAGUCUUUUGAUUGUUAUUAAUAAUAUUUCACAUUUUCUCUCUUUUAUAGCAGUUUGCUUUUACCGUAA